AUGGAGAAAGCAGGAAUACAAGAAUCCAACGAUGACUUCACAAGACUGGAAAAACUAAUAAAAAAAUGUAUGGAAGAAAGCAAAGUAAUAAAGACCAAAAUUAUGAAUGAACCACAAAAAGAAUGGAUAAACAAAAGUAUCAUAACAGAGAUCAAUGAAAGAAACUUGAUGUGGACAGAACUACAGAACAACCCAGAAAGAGAAGACCUGAAAGAAAAGUUUAUCACCAAAAGACAUAAAAUAAUCAAGUUAAUACGGGAAACAAAGAAGUCAUAUUAUAAGAAGGAAUUCGACAAAUACAGUGGAAAACCCAAAAAGCUAUGGAAUUUACUCAAUACCCUAACAAAUAAUAAAUUUAAACAAAGAUGCGCUCCUCCUAAACUUAUUGUUAAUUCAAUAGAAAUUACUGAUCCUCAUGAGAUAUGCAAUAUAUUUAAUAACUUUUUCGCUACUAUAGGGCCAUAUUUAGCUGACGAAAUACCUAUUCAGUUCCAUGCCAAGGCCAAGGAAAGAUCAGAAGCUGCGCGGGUCAGGAAGGAGACUACUUUCGCGCAAGCUCUGAGAAGCAACAAGGAGUUCCCGCAGCUGGGAGCCUCGAGAACUUCGAUCACCACUGAUGAAGAGCUCGGCCCUACGCCUCCCUCACCACCAAGGCAGACAGCACUGACUGCGUCCACCGACCACCCGAACUUGGAGAUCCUGCUGGCCAUCCUCCAGCGCAUGGACUCUGUGGUAGCUGAAGUAAACAACAUGAGAACAGAAAUGAACAGCCUGAAGACAGAACUACUCAUAAUCAAGAGAGCCAAACAACUGCAAAACAUAAACACUCACGCCUGUCAAAAGGAGUGUGCGGACAAUGCAAUAAAAUCGAACAGAGUGUGCGGACAAUGCAAGUGUAUACGUGAAUUCGUCACCAUAAGCCAAUUAGACUUGACCUCGGAUGAGCACUACAGAUGCAUAAACUGUGGUAGUGACCAAUGUGCAAGAAUCAAUCCUAAAACUGCAUUAAACAGUAUCAAUAAAGUGAAGAAAACGAAACGCGGGAAAUGCGGUGGCUGUGGAAUAUUCCACAGCGCCGUAGCCGCUUCCGGCGUCAGUGCAAAGUCCAACGCUGCAGUUCCCUCCACCGCACCUGCACGCGCCGAAGGAGGCGCGCGUCACGUGUGCGCCGUCGCUGUUGCUGUGCCGCAGUUAUGUACGCCACGAAUGUUGACACAAACGUAUCGCGCGAUUGCUCAUAUAAGGAAACUACAAGCAAACGUGACGCCGAGCGUGCCGCUACAUAAUAAAUUCAGUCCAUUAGACGGUAUCGAGAACGAUACACCAGUGGCAGUUAAAUAA